AUGGCACAACGACUUGGUAUCGACGAAGCAUCCCUGCCCUCAGUCUUCCAGGCGGCAUGGAAGUCGAAUCCAGACCCUACAGCCUUACCAUUUCCUCGGGCCGACCCUCCUUUCCCUCUCACACCACUCGAUUGGAAACAGCUCACCCUCACGGAUGCACAGUUCACACCCCAUUCAUGGGAACACUUGCAUACCUUGAUCUCGAGUGGACAACUAGACAAGUUGAAGCGCUGGCCUUCUGCCCUCAAAGCAUAUCUUGCAUGGACAGCACACGUCAAGGAGAAAUAUGGGAGUGCGACUGCUUAUCUCCUGCAGCAGCGUUUGCUUUGGCAGCCCCUCGAGGAUGUCGAUGGAGAGUUGAAGUUCGAGAUAUGUGAUCAGACGCCUUUUGCUGAUGAUAGGGACUAUAAGGUCCUCCGGAAUGAUUGGCCAUAUGCGCUCGAGCCUGGCGUUCAGCACAUCGUUGUGUGGUUGAAGGGGCGGCUGUCGGUGGGUGAGAACGGGGCUCUGGACGAGGAAGGUCGGAAAUUGGUUGAUCGUUUUGUAGACGAGAAGUUCAGAUUGAGUCUCGGUGAAGAGAGGGAGGGUAGCAGGGUCAUAUGGUUCAAGAACACGACGAACCUGCAGAGUGUGCGGAGUUUGGAACAUGUGCAUGUGUUGGUGAGAGACGUGGAUGACGAAAUGCUAGAGCGGUGGUCAGGGCAGAUCUGA